CGCGCAUGCGCGGAGCGAGGAGGCGGGGCGGCGGGGCCCGGAGCGGAGUCCGGGUUUGUUGUUGUUGUCCCAGCCCCAGCGGCUCUCCGUCUCCUCAGCCGCCGCUCCUGCGCCGCCAUGUCCAGCCCUCAGGAGCCGCCGCAGCACAACAACAACAACAACCCGCCGGCUGAGGGGACGCAAACCGAGCCGGGCCUCAACAGUUCCUGGGUGGAGUUGCAGAUGAACGGCAAUGGCAAUAGCAAUGAUAAUGGCAAUGGGAAAAACGGGGGGCUGGAGCAUGUCCCAUCAUCAUCCUCCAUCCAUAAUGGAGACAUGGAGAAAAUUCUUCUGGAUGCCCAGCAUGAAUCAGGACAGAGCAGUUCAAGAGGUAGUUCCCACUGUGACAGCCCUUCGCCUCAAGAAGAUGGACAGAUAACGUUUGACGUGGAAAUGCACACAAGUAAAGACAGUAGUUCUCAGUCUGAAGAAGAAGCAGUAGAAGGAGAGAAAGAGUUGGAAGUGUUGAAGAAAAGUGCUGACUGGGUGUCAGACUGGUCGAGUAGGCCUGAAAACAUUCCUCCCAAGGAAUUUCAUUUCAGACAUCCUAAACGUUCAGUGUCUUUAAGUAUGAGGAAAAGUGGAGCAAUGAAGAAAGGUGGCAUUUUCUCUGCAGAAUUUCUUAAGGUUUUCAUUCCAUCUCUGUUCAUAUCUCAUGUUUUGGCUUUGGGACUAGGCAUCUACAUCGGAAAACGACUGACCACACCUUCAGCCAGCACUUACUGAAAGACGGGGUGCAAAACCUGGAAACCCACGUGACCUGUGAAGGUGUUCUGUCUCGUUUAGUACAUUUGACUUGAGACCGUUUUAAGCAUGACCCUGACUUCACCCUUUCUUUACAUAUCCAGGUUUUUGCUAAUUCUGGAAUUCAGUAUUGUGUUGGAACUCUGUUGAGGUGUUUCGCUAUCCACAUUCUUUUCCUCUCUCCUCCCAUUCCCUUGCCUCUUGGCCUGCAAGACACGUCAGAGUUGCUGAACAGAGUUUACAACUGUCUAUAUGUUGCAAGGGCUUCUCUCAAUGCAAAAUGCCACCAGCAAGUUUUAAUUUUAUCAGUGAUGCUGUUGCCUCCUUAGUGCAACCUGACUUAAAUUGCAGUUGUGCAUGGUAUAAAUGUUGACUGUGUUAUAGUGAUAAAAUUAAGUAUCUUCCGAAGAAAAUUAUUGAUUGAAGUGAAAUUGAAUUCUGCUUUUGAAAAACAAACUAGUUGUGAAAUAAACUAAGAAAUUCCUGGCAAUAAAACAUGGUUUAAAUCAGCUCACAGGGGAAUUUCCUAUAUGUUCCCCCUUACGUUGGCUAACACCAUUUGAUUUGCAGGAGGCAAAGACUGCAUAAGUUUUAAUGUAGAAAUACCUAAAUCCAUCAGCAUAUUUUAAUAUUAGAUAAUUGUUGUAAUUUUGUCUUUUCUAAGAAGUCAGCUCCUUAUUCCUUGUAGGAAAUCUGUCUGAUGCCUAGAAGUGAUUAGAAAAAAAUGCAUUGUUUGCAUGUGAAGAAGCUUUUUCUUUUCCUUACUUGUUUUCUUGAGGGAGAAUUUUAAAUGUGAAAUCUUCCUAUGAAAUGUAGUUUUAAAUUAAGGAAAAACCCAACAGCUGUAGGUGUAGUUAGACUCUGUGUAAAAGGAUAUGAUUCUGUUCGUCGUGGAACCAUUUUACAAUUACGAUAACGGGGCAGUUUCAGAAGAUGAAGUGGUUGACCAGUCUUUAAGGGGGACAAUCUUGCAGGUGUGUAAAGAUUCAGAGGUUGUAAAGCUCUGAAAUGUCUUUUGCAAAUGAGUUUUCAAUAUUCCUCUCUCAUUGUUUACUGUACAGUCUCCUUCGGGGGUACAUGGAACCUGAACUUGUGAUGUCUCAUGUUAGGUAGACUCCUCGCUCAUGUUGUUGAACUUUUACCUUAGGGAACAUUAAGCCUUGUCCUCCUUCAGUGACACUUCUUUUCAAAAUGUGAAGCUUUAGUACCAAAUUGUUACAAAGCAUUGGGACAUCCGUGUCCUUAAAUAGAUUUUAUUGGAUUUCAGAACAUGUAGCAUGACUCUGAAGGAUAGAAUACUCUUUUAUAUAUAUAUAUAUGAAUAUAUUAAAAAAUAUGGUAUAGACUUUAAUACUAAGUAUUUAGGGAACAAUGCUAAUUUUAAGGCUAGCAAAAAUCUCAUUUAAAUAAAAACUGUAGUAGUCUGACUUGUAGAAAAUAUGAAGAAAAUACAGUCAGCUGGUUUGGAGAGAACAGCCACAUGGAUUGUUUGCUUGCAUCAGAUUUUAUAAAGUUGAAUAUUUGAUACAGCAGUGAUCACUUGGGGAAUAGCUUACAUAGCAGCUAAAUCCCAAUUGAGGGUUGGUUUGAGAGAGCUUAGUUAGCUCCCAGCAAGUGAAAAAGCUGAGUAUAAAUCCACUGCUAACCUGUAUUCAUUUUUAUUCUCUACUUCUGAAUGCUGUUGGAGAAUGCUUUCAGGGUAAAAGAGCAGUCUAACCAUUCUGUUGAAGACAUCUGCUUUUUCUUGUAGCUGUGAGUGCUGGUGGCACCUGAGUUGCUACAACUGCAUCUUUGUUUCAAGUGUGGAUGUUGGGUUUCACCCAGAGGUGGGGGAGGUAAGGAGGAAGUGGUGAGGAUGGUUUAGGUGCUACCAAGUGCAGAGUUUUGUAGUCCUGAAAAGCUGAGGGGAUGGGGAAAGGCUGAUACACUUUUCAGUUCUAAUUGUAGCACCUUGUUUUGUAUCAAAAUUGGAAUAGUGGAAAAAAUAGGUUUUUACUGAGUAGGGAAUACUUUCCUUUGACAAAAUAAAAUUACCCCUUUCUAAAUUAGAAGAUAUGUCUUGAGAGUAUCUGAUAAGUAACACUGCAAGCUUGUGGCUGGAGUAUCAACAUAUGGUUUGUAAUAUUUGAAGGAGCCAUGAAAUAAAAAAUGGUGAAGAUUACAGCUGAGGGAUGAAUCCAUGAUCACUGAAAUGAUACGAUGCAUAUUUAUUGAUGCCCUACUAUAAACUUGGAAUGAAAGUCUACAACUUCUAGUUUUACAAGGAACAGAAACAGACUAUUUCAUUUGAAAAGGGGUUUCAACUGUUGAUAGUUGAAGUUUUGUUAAGGUAGAUGUUUAAAAAGCUUUAUACCUGUUUACAGUUUUGGAAAAAAAAAAAAAAGCAGGCUUCAUUUUUCUUACAUGCGUUGAAAACUGGCCUACAAUACUUGUAAAUACGAUCAACAAAAGAUUGCAUAAACUCACACAUUGAAAAAUGCAGCAGGUAAUGUAACUGCAGUCAGAACACAUUUACUGUUUUAAAAAGUGAAAGCUGAAGAUCACAAGAAACUCAAAAUUUUUUAAUUGACAUUUAUUGAAAUAUUGGAGUGAACUGAGCCAAAGUGAUUAUGCAUUCUUCAUAAGUUAGUUAGCACUUUGUAACAUUCUAUACAGUUUACAGUACAUGUAUAAGUUGUAGCUUAUAAACAUUUUGUGCCAUUAAAGCUCUCACAAAACUGCUUGUCUGACAUUACUUCAUGCUGCGCCUUUUCUUUGCUUUCUCUUUUUUUAAAAGCAGGACUGCUUUGUAUCAUGUUGUAUGGAACUUGUAUUCCAUAUUCCUUGUAUAACACAUGGGUUAUGGGAAUGUGGAAGCUGCUAUUUAUAGACUGGAAUAAUUCCUUUUUAAAGGUGGCUUGGGUUGGUUUAUUUGAGUGUCUCAAUACCAUUAGCUUCUUUUUCUGAAGCACUUAAUAACAGUACUUCUGUUGGCAGCGUAUACCUGUGUGCUCCCUCCAGCACCGUGUCAAAGGGGGGAUCUAAAGCAAAAUAACACAGCAGCAUAUGAGAUGUAAAGUAGAAUUGAUAAGGUUUUGUAUUGUUCCAUUUGUUCCUUUCCUGUUUUCUAAUUCUGUUAAAUUUGUGCAUUAAAGAAUAAGGGACGUAAUCCCCUGUUGUUAA